UAUUCAUUGUAAUAAAUCACUAUGUACUGUAAUUUCUUUUAUUUUAAAUUCAAAAAGUGAACAAUUCACGAGUGUUUGUUCUGUGAAGUAUACAACAUAAACUAUUAUCCAGAUAUUCGACAUUUGACUUUUGAUAUUGAUGUACUACACAACAAUGUUGAGGAUAUUAAAUUUAUCUCAGAGAUCCAAUUUGUGCCCAUUAAGAUUGCAACAAUAUUUUAAACGUUAUAAUUUUCAUUCGCAAACAAAUACAACACUUAGAAACACAAAAUAUGAGAUAAAUUUAGUUCAAGACGAAUUCAAUAAAUUUCAAAAUGGACAAGUUAUCCAUGGCUUUAUAGUGGAGAAAGUCGCAAAAGUAGAUGAAAUACAUUUAACUGCAGUGCAGUUGACUCAUUUGGGUAGCGGAGCACAAUAUUUACAUUUAGCCAGAGACGAUAGUAACAAUGUCUUUUCAGUUGGAUUUCGCACAACUCCAAAAGACUCCACAGGUUUACCUCACAUUCUGGAACACAUUACUCUUUGUGGUAGCGAAAGGUAUCCAUGCAGAGAUCCAUUUUUUAAAAUGCUGAGAAGAUCAUUAGCUACCUUUAUGAAUGCUAUGACAGGACCUGAUUACACUAUAUAUCCAUUUUCUACGCAAAACUUAAAAGACUUUCAAAAUUUGCAAUCUGUAUAUUUGGAUUCUGUGUUUAAACCAAAUCUGCGAGAAUUGGAUUUUAAACAAGAGGGUUGGAGAUUAGAACACGAAGAUGUUAAUGAUAAAAAUUCACCCAUUAUUUUUAAGGGAGUAGUGUUUAAUGAAAUGAAAGGCGUUUUCAAUGAAAACCAAGCCAUAUUAGCUGAACGCGUACUGAACAGUAUUUUACCGAGUCAUACAUAUGCAGUAAUUUCUGGAGGUGAUCCUCUUGUUAUCCCUAAUCUGAGACAUAUGGAUCUGGUCAAUUUUCAUCGAACUUAUUAUCAUCCUUCUAACUGUCGAUUUUAUUCAUAUGGCAAUUUUCCUUUAGAAGAUCAUUUAAAAUUCAUUAAUGAUCGAUACUUGUUUCUAAUGGAUAAAAUUGAUACAUCUUUGUCAGUAGUUCCUCCGGAGAAGCGUUGGGACAAACCAAGAAAGGAACAUAUUACAUGUAGACCAGAUCCUAUGGCUGCAGAUCCUACUCGACAAGGUACUAUAGCUAUUGGUCACUUGUGCAACGACAUAAUCAAUAUACAAAAAACGUUUGAAAUGCAUGUUUUAUCUCAGCUACUUUUAAGAGGUCCAAAUUCAGCAUUUUAUAAAUCUUUAGUGGAAUCAGAUUUGGGAGUUGCUUUUGGUCCAACAACAGGUUAUGAUGCUCAUUGUAAAGAUACAAUGUUUGUUAUUAGUCUACUUGGUGUUAAACCAGAAAAUUUUGAGAAGGUAGAACAAAUAUUUAAUAAAACGGUUGAAAGAAUUAUUGAAAAUGGCUUUGAGAAAGAUCAUAUCGAAGCAGUUCUGCAUAGUAUCGAACUUCAAGUAAAACAUCAAACUUCUAACUUUGGAUUACAAUUACUUUUCAAUUUGACACCAUUAUGGAAUCACGAAGGAGAUCUUAUACAGUCAAUGAGAAUUAAUGAAGCAAUUAGAAAAUUUAGAAAAAUAAUGGACGAAAAUCCUAAAUACCUCCAAGAAUUAGUGAAAACAUACUUAAUGGAUAAUACUCAUAAAUUAACAUUAACAAUGUUACCAUCUGAACAAUAUGAUUAUGAUAAAAUGAUUGCUGAACGUAAAUUAUUAGAUUCAAAAUUAAAACAACUUUCUGAAUCAGAAGUAGACCAAAUUUAUGUAGAUGGACAAAUUUUACUUCAAGAGCAACAGAAAGAGGAAGAUGUAAAUGUUCUUCCUACUUUGAAAAUGGAAGAUAUAAAACCAAACGUAGAGCGAUAUAAUCUUACGGAUUCAAAGGUUGUUGGUGUUCCAUUACAAAUAGCUCUUGAACCCACAAAUAAUGUUUGCUACUAUCGGGGAAUUCUCAAUACACAAGAUCUAAGCUCAGAAUUAAAAAUCUUGUUACCACUCUUUAAUAGUAUCGUUGCCAAAAUGGGUACAAAAAGGUACGAUUACAGAAAUUUUGAUCAGAUGAUACGAUUAAAAACUGGAGGUUUAAAUUUUAUGAGUCAUAUUGUCGAACACAAAAGUAACUUAUUACAAUAUGAAGAAGGAAUACUAAUAGAAUCAUACUGUUUAGAUCAUAAUGUAACUGAUAUGUGGAAGCUGUGGUCAGAAGUGUUCAAUAACGUUGACUUGUCUGAUCUUCAGAGAUUUGAAACACUUGUGAAAACAAUUGCAGCAGAUUUGGUAAAUGGAAUUGCGGAUUCAGGGCAUAUAUAUGCAAUGAGCAGUGCAGCUAGCUUAGUUUCGCCGAUUACGAAGUUUAAGGAAUCUAUAUCAGGUCUGCAAUUUGUCUCAAGGAUGAAGAAAAUAGCACAAAUGCAAGAUUUAAGUUCCGUAUUAAAUCAAAUGCAAACGAUAUCUGAACACGUUUUGAGUAAACAAUAUUUACGAUCAGCAAUAAAUUUAUCUGAAAACAACAAAGACAGCAUGUUAAAUAGUGUAAACGAAUUUUACAAAUCAUUGAAAGGCACGUCUAACGUCGCGCAUAUAUUUACACAUGAAAAAAAUAUUGAAAUGGGAGAGAAUGCUAUCCAUUAUGUAUUACCAUAUACGGUAAAUUAUGUAGCAAAAGCAAUUUUUACUGUUCCAUACAUAGAUUCAGAUUAUGCACCUUUACAAGUACUUUCUAAGUUAAUCACAUCGGUUUAUUUACAUCCAGAGAUUCGUGAAAAAGGUGGAGCUUAUGGUGGUGGUGCAAGAUUAUCAUCAGAUGGAAUGUUUAUAUUUUAUUCUUAUAGAGAUCCUAAUUCUACUCGUACGUUAGAUUUGUUUGAUAAAACAUAUGACUUUUUAUUAAAGUAUUCUUUGUCACAAAGUGAUAUUGAUGAAGCAAAAUUGGGAAUAUUUCAACGUCUUGAUGCCCCGAUUUCUCCAAGUAAUCGCGGGAUGAUUAAAUUUACACAUAAUGUGACAGAUGAUGAUAUUCAAGAACAAAGACAGCAAUUAAAAGCCGUAACUAAAGACCAACUUAUGCACGUUGCUAAAAAAUAUUUACAAUCUGGUCAAACAGACGUUAGAGUAGGGCGUGCACUGAUAGGGCCAGUUAAUCACGAUUUAUUAAAUAGGCACUCAGAAAACUGGAUAAUACAAAAUCAAGAAGAGGAAACUCAAGCAAGGGCCGUCGAAUAAAUUUUUUGUUGAAAUAAAAAUUGAUGGCGUGUGUAAGUGAACGUGUACAAAAUAAGUAUUUCUCAGAUGCCUUGAAUUUAUUUGCCGAAACACAGUGGCUUUAUAACACUCCAGUCACAGAUUUAUUAACCAAGG